ACUCCUCAAAGAUUGCAUUAAAGUAAUUCCAGCAGCUGUCUUGCUCACUAUCAAGAAAAUGUUCUUUCUGGCAGUUGUGCUGUUUUACCUGCACAUGUCUCAGCAGAUUCAGAAAACUACUGCAAAUGGCAAAGAGAUGCUGUCCAAUCCCAGGCUUAUACCUGUCCAGGGGACUCUGAAUGUAGUGAUGAAGCAGAAUGUGAGCCUUGCCUGCUACUCUGACUCUGGAUCUCCACCUGUCAGAUACACGUUGUUUAAACGCAAUCAGAAGGUAUCCACUUUACAUAGGUCAGAUUUGACCCCUGGUUUCUUUAACUUGACUAUCAACUCUGCCAGUGACAUGGGGGAAUACAAAUGCAAAGCUGAGAAUAACAUCACCAGACGUGGAAAAUACAGCAACAGCCUCAACUUCACCCUUAUAGAGCCAAUUUCCAAACCAGUGCUGAGCUCUCCCACCUCUCAAGCCAAGAAAGGCCAGAAUGUGACCCUGUCUUGUCUCUCAGAGAAUGGCUCUCUUCCUAUCACAUACAUAUUCUUCAAAGGAAGACAAAACAUCUCUCCCCCUGUCAAGAUGCCGAAGAGGGAAGCAGCUGUGAUUUUUCUGUUCAUCAAUUCAUCUAGUGACUUUGGAACCUAUAAAUGCAGAGCUGAAAAUAGCUUUCGCAAUAACACAAAAUACAGCAACAGCUUCAACUUUACAUUAGCAGAAGACAGAAGCCAUUCUCAACCCUUGAUCAUUUCUCUUGGGCUGAUCUUGCUACUAGUCAUAAUAGGACUUGCUCUGGCAAUUCCAUUUCUCAUACUUCCUGCAUAUAAAGCAAAAAAAAUUAGGUCUACUAGGUCCUCAACUGGCCUUACUUCAAUAAUGAAUGCAGAAGAGCCUGAAAACGAGGUUAUAUACACAGAGAUUGAGCCUGUUAAACCAGAAGAAGAAUACAUCAACUUUUCUGUUAUUAGAAGAGAAGAUGAAAAAGGUGAAAACUGGAACAUCUGAAGCACAAAUACGUUUGGGGGAGAUGUUGCUGGGGAGAGGCAGGGUUUAGGUGGCAGCAGUUACAUAUUGGAACUGCCUAUUACAGAGAAAUUGAAGUAACUUUUAAACUUCUUGAGGGGAAAAAAGAUAAUCGAGUAAAUCAAACAAAAGCCUGUCACCAUCCUAUAACCCCAAAAUGGAACAGCCUCACUAUGAAACCAUGCAGAUGUUAUUAGUGACCGAAUUGCUGAUCUAAUAUUAAUUCUUCUGUUGUGUAUCUGUACCAAAGAAGUAAUUGUGAAAUAAGUUGUUCUGGCUUUUAGCAGAGAAGAGGGCAUCUGCUACCAUCUAUACAAAGGUUCUCAUCAGAGACUGAGUGCAAGCUGGACCAUCCCAUUCUCUAGAGUGGCAUCAUUUAUCACGACCAUGAAGAGAACACCCAUCUCAUCAUACCUGCAAAAACAAGAGCACACCUGUUACUGCUUCUGGUGUACAAAAUAUUCAGAUUCACGACAUACAAACGCCCUUAAGGUGUAAAUAUUUAUUUUUGCUAUAUUGCACUAAGUCCAGUGUGAAGCACCAGUUUCCUUGUUGCCAUUCCCUGCUUUCCUCACUACAUUUCUUUAAAUUAUUUAGUUUUUUAGUACAUAAAAGAAUGUUACUUGGUGACCUAUUACAAGAGUAUUUUUGAAGAAGCAGAAUGUAUCAUUCUUCUGUUAAUAGCCAAAGUUACUCUGCAAACGACUACAUGGAACAGUUGUUUGCUUUCUCUCGGGAAAAAAUACUCAUCUAUAUACUCAAGAUCCAUUGAUUUGAGCAGUGACAGCUCAAAAUUCACUCCUGAUCAAUAAACCAUGUAUGAAGCCCUUGCCUGGAAUAGCAGUUUUUAUCUGGACAAAUAAUUCCAUCACAUGUAACAACAGUGGUUCCAGACUUGGAAGAACUCUUAUGUUCAAGACCAGAAACACUCUGCUGUUUGAAAUAGUACAGAAGAAUGAAACACAGAACCAGUCCAGAAGCAAAAACGAAGGCAAUGACAGUGGGAAACAGUUCUGCCAGCUGAUGGCUCGUCUUAAGAAAUUUAUUUUCUAUAGGAAAGUCUCUAAAAGGUAUUUCACAGUUCCAGAGAAACAUCACCACUUGAAAGGCUUCUACUUCCCUUAAUUAAAAUAAUAUAUUAACUGA